GCACCUUCCCAACCAACAGAAAGAGGUGGCAGCGCAAGGCAUAGAAACCCCCUGCAAAGGCACCACUGUAGAUCACCAACAUCGAUAAUGACCCUGUCGGCCAAUUCACGGUAUCUCCUUGCCUCGACAUUUUUUUCUUCCAACAAUCCUCACUUGGUUCGAAUGUUGUCAUUGCUCUCUCGCUACUUGCAACCGCGCCGUUUGUUGUUGUUUAGACAACGUUACUGUCGCUUCUGAAACUCUUGCCUUUCCGUUUGCAAUUGCUUUAAUAAAUUGAUCGCUGUAGUCCACCGGAAGAGGAGCUCUCCCAAAAAUGAAGUGCCAAAGUUGGAUUGCCGCCAUUGCGACGGUAGCAAGCUUAUAUAUAUCUGGAACGAGAGCGCAGACAGAAAUACCUGAUUUGGGUACCUUGUUAGCCGGCCAGAAGAAUUUGACUACUUUCUAUGGAUUAAUUCAGGUACGUGAUACGAAAACGGUGGUGGAUGAUGAUCACGAAGAUAUUUUGGGAUUGGGGAAACUAUUGAAGAGGCUGAGUUUCUGUGCAAUGGAUAUUUUCAUUGCUGCAGGAAGUCAACUUUCGGGGGUUGGCAAGCUAUGGGGCCGAUUGUUCAUUUUCGGGACAAGAAAUGAGGGAGCAUUAUUGGAUUCUGCAAUGCUACGUUUGGGACUACAAUAGUGCUGACGAUUAUGAAUAGAAAUAUCCAAAUAUCUUGUUAUCCUUACCUUCAACAAACGGAGUAACAGUAAGCAUGAACAAUCCGAUAAAUUGGGAAUAUGCUAACUUUGUUAGAUCCUCGCCCCAAAUAACGAUGCCUUUGACAAAAUCCCAUAUUCGGAACUCAAGUCCGCAUUUGAGAAGAAUGACCAAGACCUAAUUACGAAUAUCCUCCAAUACCACAUUCUCACAGGUCCCAGAACGGCAGCCCAAUUGAAUCCGGGGGAUUCAACAUUCAUACCUACACUGUUGACAAGUCCAGCAUGGACUUCUGUAAAGGGAGGACAAAGAGUGGAGAAUAUUAAGCAAAACGGAGAUGUUGUAAUAUUUGUUAGUGGAAGGGGAACUCAUACUACUGUUACACAGAAGGUAGGUUCUGCUUAUGUGAAGACCGUGAUUAUGGUCAAUUAACAUGACGAAUAGGAUCUCAUGUUCACUGGAGGGGUCAUUCAAGUUCUCGACUCACUACUGAUCCCACCCGCCAAUCUUACUGACACUUUCGCUGCAUUCAACCUAACCGCUUACGAAGGCGCACUUUACCAAACCAAAAAGACAGACCCCUACACAAAAACCGCAAAUAGCACGUUCUUCGUCCCCGACAAUGAUGCAUUUCAAGCUCUCGGUCCAGCAAUUAGCGAUAUGACGACGGAGCAACUGGCAGCCGUUUUGGAUUACCAUACUAUCCCAGGACAAGUUAUUUACUCCACAAGUCUCACCAACGGGAGCGUUUUCACCACUGCCCAAGGAGGAAACAUCACAGUCAGACAAGCAGGAAACACAUUAUACAUCAAUUCCGCUCCACUGGGCGCCACAGACAUCCUGCUAAAGAAUGGAGUCUUACAUGUUCUUCAGAAUGUCCUCAAUCCCGCAGGACCCGGCGCGACACCCAACCCACAAAUCGGUGAACAAGGUGAGGUUUUUGCUUCGGCAUCCAAGGCUCAGAGUUUGCCAUUUACUUCCGCCAUUCCAUGCACCAGUGCUUGUCCGACGACGAGUACUAGCGCAUCCAUGAGCGGAAGUGGGGGAGUGACAGCUGGGGGAUCGAGACCUACGAGUACUGGCAAAGGUGCGGCGGGUGCGAUGAGUUCGAGUAAGGCUCUUGGGGUGGCGAUGGCGAGGGAGACGGGUUUUGGGGCUGCGGGAUUGAUGGUCGCGCUUGGGGGUGCGGUGAUGAUGAUUUAGAGAU